GCGCCAUGGCCUUCUUCAGCAGCGGGUCGCGAGCCCUGGUAGAAAUCCUGACGAGGCUGCAGAGUGCUGAAACACCUAUGCCAGUUGACCAAACCUUCUUCGAGUUUGGAUCGAUAAAGUACCACGUACAGGCUUCGGCGUCGGACCCUGAGAACGUGCACCUGUCGAUAUCCACGCCCUCCCUCUCCCACGAGGCCUCGCCGUCGACGGUCUUGCCGGAAUUCACGCUGGAGGAGACGAGGAAGGCGUACUGCAAGUUCGCGGAGAUCGUGGAGCCGAGCAGAGAUGGAUACGCCCUGACGCUGAAGCUGAACUUCUCCGGCCUGGCCCGGCCGAAAGACCGCGCCAAGGCGAUCCGGCAGGUGUCGCGGCUGCAGUCCGUGGUGCUGAGCUCGCAGCUGAAGCACAUCCUGGGGAACCUCGGCGCCUCCGGCGCCACCAAGCUCGUGUACAACCACCGCGACCCUUUCUUCGUCAGCAGAACGCCGGGGAAGAUAAACGCCAUUUUUCCCAUGCGUUUCCGGGACGACACAGACCUGGCCGUCGCCACCUCCUUCUUUCAGGAGCUGCAGGAGGCUGGCAACUCGUACUCGAAGGCGCCCAAGUGCAGCUGGUCGGCCAUCCCGCCGCCGGAGCUGCGUGGGGAGUCUGUGCACCACCUCACCACCAACGGCGGCUUCGUCUCCUUCGACAUUUUCGAGCGGCACGUGAAGCGGAACAGGGCGGCCAAGACGGCGUGGAUCCUGCUCAACUUCCAGUCCUACAUCAAGUACCACAUCAAGUGCACCCGAAGCUACAUUCAGAGCAGGAUGCGAAAGCGGCAGGAAAGCUUGACGGAGGUGAUCCAAGGUGCAAUGCUAAGAGGAAGCGACAACACGAAGAAAUUACAAGUGAGGAAGAAGAGCAAGAGGAGGUUGAUCAGCCUUGGCAAGGCCAAGAAGCUGCAGAAGGGUUUCAGAGCCUUGGUCGACAGAAUGAAGGGGCUGCGGCUGCGGAUCAGAGUGCGAGCCCUGGACCGGCUGAGGCGGCACUACCGCCAGUGCUUCGCCAUGCCACGUGUGAAGGGGAACAAGUACUACGACAAACUAGAGUGAGCUUGCUUAGGCAGGAGGAUCUAUAAGUCCUUGGAUCGAGAUCGAUCGAGCAUGGACAUAGAUGAGAAGCAUCACACGUAGGUACAAGAGCUUCAGUUAAGCUCUUUUUAUGUAUGCUGCAUGGUAUACAUGGGUAGAAGCACGUGUAUGUGAGCUUAUGUGUUUGUGCGGAAACUGAAUGUCAUACACCGAUAGAUGGAGAACAUGAUACAUAUCCGUCCCCUCUAAUGCCAUCAGGUGCAACCUACUGCAUUUUAAGAAAUUGUGUACGUUGA